CAGUCAGUGAACACCAGGAAGCAAAACACUGGAAGAAACUUGACAUGUUACCACAUAAAAUAAAGAUGCUGAUGCGAUAGUAUUGAAUUUAAAUGAUAUCGCGCUGUUUCCGAAUGCUGUGAACAUAAUGUUCGUAAACACUCGGAUGUGGUCGUUUCUUUUGAUUUUACACGUUUUGGAAACAGCAGUAGGUAGCCAACAGUUCAACAUCUUGUAUUUAAUUGCUGAUGAUUUGAGACCAACUUUAGGCUGCUACUCCGAUCCUGUGGUCAAGUCACCAAACAUCGAUCAGCUUGCAUCUGUCAGCACAGUGUUUCAUAACGCCUAUGCACAGCAAGCUGUUUGUGGACCUAGUCGGGUGUCUUUUCUAACAAGUCGAAGACCAGACACCACCAAGCUGUAUGAUUUCAACUCAUACUGGAGAGUUCAUGCAGGGAACUACACUACACUUCCUCAGUACUUCAAGUCUAAUGGAUACACCACUUUAUCGGUUGGCAAAGUCUUCCAUCCUGGCAUUGCCUCCAACCACUCGGAUGAUUACCCGUACAGCUGGUCUGUACCGCCGUAUCAUCCACCCUCUUUUAAAUAUGAAAAGAGGAAGGUUUGCAAAGAUAAAGAUGGCACACUGCACAGUAAUUUACUGUGUGCCGUGGAUGUGUCUGAGAUGCCUUUAGGAACCCUUCCUGACAUGGAGAACACAGAAGAGGCCAUCCGACUCCUGAAGUCUAUGAAGGGCUCUCAAGAUCCAUUCUUCCUGGCUGUUGGCUUCUAUAAGCCACAUAUUCCUUUCAGAAUCCCACGGGAGUACCUAAAGCUCUAUCCUAUUGAGAGUAUGACGCUGGCUCCAGACCCAGAUGUUCCUAAGAAACUUCCUAAUGUGGCCUACAACCCCUGGACUGACAUACGCAAGAGGGAAGAUGUUCAGGCGUUAAAUCUGAGCUUUCCUUACGGCCCCAUUCCUAAAGACUUUCAGAUGCAGAUCCGACAGCACUACUUUGCCUCUGUGUCAUACAUGGAUGCUCAAGUCGGAAAAAUUCUGCAAGCCCUUGAUGAUUUUGGCCUCGCCAAGGACACUAUAGUGGUGUUCAGCUCAGAUCACGGUUGGUCAUUAGGAGAACACGGCGAGUGGGCCAAAUACAGCAACUUUGAUGUGGCCACCCGAGUGCCAUUGAUCGUGUACAAGCCAGGUGUGACCUCACCUUUCCGUCAGCCUGGGGAGAAGACAUUCCCCUUCAUCGAUGUGUUUCAGGGCACACGGGAGCAGUUUGGCAAAGGUCAAGUAGUUGAGAGUGUGGUGGAGCUGGUGGAUGUGUUCCCCACACUAACGCACCUGGCUGGGUUGCGUCCUCUGCACCACUGCCCGCCCUCGUCCUUUAAGAUCGAGCUUUGCACCGAAGGCUCAAGCCUGGCCUAUCUCAUCCGCAACUCAGAGAGAGACAUCAACAGGGAAGCCUACUCAUUCAGCCAAUACCCUCGACCCUCCGACUCCAUCCAGGAGAACUCGGACCUGCCCGACCUCGUCGACAUCCGCAUCAUGGGCUACUCCCUUCGCUCCACUGACUACCGCUACACCUUAUGGGUGGGCUUUGACCCCGUCCACUGUCAGCCUAACAUGACGGACAUCCACGCGGGAGAAAUGUACCUCCUGGCUGAGGACCCGGGAGAGGACAAUAACGUGUUUGAUGAAUUCGACCAUGCCACAGUAUUGCGUAAGCUCGGCAUGCUGCCCUCGUGGAGAGAGAGUUUAAAGCAUCAUGUAAUGUGUUUCAGCAGCGGAUUGAAAUCAAAAGGGAUUAUGUGAUUCCAGUUUGUUGUGAUAUGACAGUAAAGGGAAUGAAUGUUACAAAACCUGUCAAAAACAUGUCUGGUCAUGCUUCAUCAGUAAUCGAAAGGCAGAGUUUGCUUAAAGAAAAUAAAGCCUAUUUUAUCAUGACUCACAAUUCUCGUAAUCAAAAUGCUAAUAAUCUGUCAUUCUCAUUCAUGUAGACAUAUUUAUUAUGAAAAUUGUAGUAUUUAUACAUCAUGGUGGUAUUUGUUAUACUGCCUUUAUUCUAAUUUAAAUAAAAAUGUAUCAUUGUAUUUUGCUCUAAAAUACACAAUGAAGACAUAAAAAAAUUCUUAUUACUGAAAAGCAGUAAAAAUAAUUGUUUUCAGUCUUUUUGAAGUCAUUUGGAUUUGAAUACAACAUUACAAACAAAACAGCAUUUUACUACAUUACUGUAAUAAGAAUUGUAUGAGAAUCAUUUUAAAAAUGCAAAACAAAAAGUAGGAAUUUGGGCUAAAAUGUCAUUCCACAAGGCAAAACUUCAUUUUUAAAAUAUUUUUCCUUUUGAAUUUUGGUUGAGAUGUACCUAGGACAUGUUUUUGUGAGGUUCAGCCAAAAACAAAUGUAAUUUCACCAAUGUUACAUAAUCCAUAAAGAUAAUUAGUGUUAUAUUAUCUGUUUUGCACAGUUUUUUGUCCUACACUACCAGUCAAAAGUUUUUGAACAGUAAGAUUUUAAAUGUUUUUUAAAGAAGUCUCGUCUGCUCACCAAGCCUGCAUUUAUUUGAUCCAAAGUACAGCAAAAUAUUUUUUAAAUUUUACAAUUUUUAAAUAUUUUUACUAUUUAAAAUAACUGGUUUCUAUUUUCAAAUGUAAUUUAUUCCUGUGAUUUCAAAGCUGAAUUUUUAGCAUCAUUACUCCAGUCACAUUAUAGUUCAGAAAUCAUUUUAAUAUUUUGAUUUCCUGGUCAGAAAAUGCUUAUUAUUAUUAUUAUGUUGAAAACAGCUAAGUAGAUUUUUUUCAGGUUUCUCUGAUGAAUAGAAAGUUAAAAGAACCGCAUUUAUCUGAAAUCGAAAUGUUUUGUAACAUUAUAAAUGGCUCUACCAUCUUUUUUGAUCAUUUUAAAGCUUCCUUGCUAAAUAAAAGUACUAAUUUGUAGAAUUUCUUUACUAAAAAAAAAAAAAAAAUACUGACUCCAAGCUUUUGAAUGGUAUAGUGUAUAACGUUACAAAAGUUGUUUCUUUCAGAUAAAUGCUGAUCUUUGGAUCUUUCUAUUCAACAAAGAAUCCUGAAAAAAUGUACUCAUCUGUUUUAAAUAUUGAUAAUAAUAAUAAAAAAUGUUUCUUGAAAAGCAAAUCAGAAUAUUAGAAUGAUUUCUGAAGGAUCAUGUGACUGGAGUAAUAAUGCUGGAAAUUAAACCUGCAGAAAUAAAUUACAUUUUAAAAUAUAUUCAAAUAGAAAAAAAAUAUUUUAAAUGGUAGAUAUUUCAAAAUUCUACUGUUUUUUCUGCGCUUUGCAUCAAAUAAAUGCAGGCUUGGUGAACAGAAGAGACUUCUUUAAAAACAUUAAAAAUCUUACUGUUCAAAAACUUUUGACAGGUAGUGUAUUUUAAUCAUAAAGAUUCCUUUAAGGGCUUUCAAACCUCAUUCUGAAAUGACUGCUAUACAGAAGAUUUUUUGACUGAUUAUUUAAUGUUUGAUUUAUUUAAUAAUGAAUCCUGUACCUGGAAUAAAUUUGCACAGCACUUUUCUUAAAAUAAAAGCAUAAAAGGGAUAUUUUCACAUACUGGAUCACUCUUAUUAAGUGUAUUUGAGGUAGUAUCCUGAUAAAUUUGAGUCCAUUGACUUAAUUUCCUCAUUCCCUUCAGAAGGUGAUACAUGGAAAUGACGUAACGUCAACUUAAGUGAGAAAUGAGUUUAAUUUAAGUCUCGGAGAAAUAGAAAGCUCUGCUCAGACAACACUCUGCUUUAGCAAUUUAUCAGGUCACUAAGUCGUAAUUGUAUUUGGUCUUGGAGGCCGACGGAGACCGUGCCAGCGCUAAGCUCUUGUUUUUCCAGGCAGCGUGAUGAAAAUCAUCUUAAAUAUAGAAUUUCAAGUCAUGCGCUCCCACUGCACCGUUGCCAAGGUAAUUAGAUGCUUAAAUGCGAAAACUUGCAAAUGAUGUUGCCCGGAUACACCUCAGAGAAUAGUUUAACACUGAUGAAUGUUUUAGCCGGCAUUAAAAAAAAGGGGAAACGGCUGCCGCGGCAUCUUCUGUGACGUCAGCCCACGUUUGCUCCCCAGACUCAUUUCAUGCCACGAGUCUGCAUUUUAAACACUCCUACCUGCUUUCUCUUUUCAGGUUUAUUUUGGAUUCCCCGCACUCUUUCGCGCUAGAUGCCACAUUGUUUACUCCUGCAGAGUAUGAAUUAUUUUUGAAGGAAUAUAUUCAAUAUUUAUGUGGCAACAUAAAUAUAUAUUCUUGCUUUCUCUCAAAAGGAAAAACAACAAAACAAAGCAAGCGCAUUAUUUGUGUGUCUCUCUCUGUAUGUGUGUUCCUUUUCAAGUGUGUUCUUAUAAGAGUGCAGCAGGAGUGUUAUAGUGAGGGGAUCCUUUGGGACCGCCAAUAUAUUCAGCUUCAGCAGACAGGCUUCAUUGCCAGCUGGUCCGGAAAAUUCCACUGCUGUCUCUCUUUUUUUUCUUGUCGACUAAAAGCAAGGUCAGGGCAGUCAGAGAAGGAUCCACAGGCUGAUUGAAGCUGAUAUUUUAAUUGCUUAUACUAAAGUAGCUUUGCUUUUUUUGUCCACCAGCUGAUUGUGUUGCUUGCAAAGUCUUUAGCUAAUUAAAAUAAUCAAGAAAUUUUCAUCUUAAAGAAUUUUCAUGGAACAAAUGCUUUUUAUUGCCAUUGUGUUAACAGCUUGUAAGGAAAUGUAAAAACAAGAGCUUUUCUGACUUACUAGGUCUGUGAAAUCUAUUAUACUGAUGUUCAUAUGAAGGUCUCUGGACUUUUUUGCUGGGAAAAUCAAAAGGAUGUGAUGUUUACGUGCUUUCUUCCAUUCUAUGACACUUGAAAUGCUUACACAAUGUUUAGGUUUAGGUUAAUGCUGACAGAGCCAUUCUGCUAUGUCAAAGAAAUGGAUUCAUUUAAACUGGCAUCUCCGGCUAUAUAGUCUCAAAUAUACUUUGUAAUCAAACUAUCAUAACUUUAAAUUUUCAUUACCUCAUCGGUCAACGUGAUGCAGGUGAACUGUAGAUUUGGUGCAAAUCUACAUUGCUAUGAUCAGAUGCUUUCUUUUUUUUCCGCAUGAUUGUCAUGUUUGUUGUGUACAGUGUUGGGGAGUAACUUGUUACAUGUAACAGAAUUACAGUUGAAGUCAAAAGUUUACAUACACCUCGCAGAAUCUGCAAAAUGUUAACUGUUUUAUCAAAAUAAGAGGGAUCAUACAAAUUGCGUAUUUUUUUUUAACACUGACCUGAAUAAGAUGUUUCACAUAAAAGACGUUUACAUAUAGUCCAUAAGAGAAAAUAAUAGUUGAAUUUAAAAAAAUGACCCAGUUCAAAAGUUUACAUUCACUUGAUUCUCAAUACUGUGUUGUUACCUGAAUGAUCCACAGCUGUGUUUUUUUGUUUUGUUUUAGUAACUUGUUUAGUGAUAGUUGUUCAUGAGUCUCUUGUUUGUCCUGAACAGUUAAACUGUCUGCUGUUCUUCAGAAAAAUCCUUCAGGUCCCACAAAUUUUCAUCGUUUUUGUGUAUUUGAACCUUUUUCAACAAUGACUGUAUGAUUUUGAGAUCCAUCUUUUCACACUGAGGACAACUGAGGGACUCAUAUGCAACUAUUACAGAAGGUUGAUACAUUCACUGAUGCUUCAGAGGGAAACACAAUGCAAUAAGCUUUUUGAAUUUGAAGAUCAAGGUACAUUUAGCAUAUUUUGGCUUCUGGGAAAAAUAUUUGCUAUCGUCUGUAGCUUCUUAAGGGCAGUAUUAUAUGAAUAAAUAUGACAUUUAGGCAAAAUAAGAAAAAUGUACACUUCAUCAUUCUGUUCAAAAGUUUUUACCCCCCGGUUCUUAAUGCAUCGUGUUUUCUUUCUGAAGCAUCAGUGAGUGUUUGAACCUUCUGUAAUAGUUGCAUAUGAGUCGCUCAGUUGUCCUCAGUGUAAAAAGAUGGAUCUCAGUGUAACAAAUAAGGGCUCGAAUACACAAAAAUACUGGAAAACCAAAUAAUUUUUUUUUGAAGAACAGUAGGCAGUUUAACUGUUCAGGACAAACAAGGGACUCAUGAACAACU